AUGAGUACUGGAAGUCAAGCCUACGGCCAGCUGGUGCGCCUCCGCGCCCUCAACCCAUCACAGCUCCCUGCCCACCCGGACCUGGCAGCAUUGCAAGCCGGCGCUCCGGCAUUGCCAGACCUGGAAACCUUCAUCACCAGCAUCUUGACCGAAGCCUCGACUUUCAUGACCGACUACCUACCAAACAACUUUGCCAUCAAGGACCACUCGAAANAAUCUCCGCCCGCAAAGGCUACCAUCCAACUUCUGGCUCACGAGAUCCCUGCUCAUCAAUUGGGUCCCAAUGCACAUGACGAGGCAUGGUUUUCACGCACGAGUCUUCACGAAAACAAGAAGGAACUGGGCACUGCCAAUUGGGACGAAUUCGAAGCUGGAAUUCUUGAUGACCACAGUCUGCACGAGUCACAGUAUACUCCUGAUGUGUUUGAUGCCCACAAGGUGCUGUCCUGGGAUCCCAAGUUGGCCGAGAAACAAGCCAAGGUUGGCAACUGGGUGAAAGUUGGGUUGAACAUGCUUGUUGUCACGGCUCGCUCGGCUGGUCCUAAAGACCCAUCCUUCCUGGUUGUUCAGAUUCCGGUCGACAUCACGAAGCUCGACAAGGCAAUGUACUCCACUCAGAAGAACAAGCUCGUAGGUGACACUGCCGAGAAGAAGAAGCCUGUCACCCUUGGCCAGUACGUCAGUAUUGAGCGCUGUACCAUGGUUGAGGAUAUCAAUGUGAAGUGGCAGAUGGCUACAGCUAGCGAUGCAAAGGGCAACCUGCCAAUGUGGGCACAGAAGAUGGGUAUUCCCGCUGCUAUCAUCAAGGAUGUCGGUCUCUUCAUUGAUUGGAACGAUAAGAAGCGAGGAUGA